AUGGCCACAACAACCUCCCCCGCGGCAUCCCUUCUCAAGCGACAGCUGAAAGAGAUCCAGAUGGGCAAAGACCUCCCCGGCAUCUCGUGCGGCCUCGUCAACGACACCAACAUAUUCGAAUGGGAAGUCAUGCUCAUGAUAAACGACGACUGCAAAUACUACGGCGGAGGCAACUUCCGAGCACGCCUGGUCUUCCCGCCGACAUAUCCACACAUGCCGCCGUCGUUGACGUUUCAAACGCCCAUCCCUUUCCACCCGAAUAUCUAUACGAACGGUAAUCUGUGCAUAUCCAUCUUACAUCCUCCCGAGGAAGACGAGUACGGGUACGAAGCUGCUUCUGAGAGAUGGAGCCCCGUGCAGUCGCCGGAGACGAUUUUGCUCAGCACCAUAAGCUUGUUUCAUAGUCCGAAUGAUGAGAGCCCUGCGAAUGUGGAGGCCGCGAGGCUGUUUCGGGAGGAGAGGGAGGGCAAGCACAAGGAGUUUAGGAAGAGGUGCCGAAAAUGUGUGCGGGAGAGCUUGGGCGAGGAUUGA